AUGGGCACAAACAGUGAAAUGCACAAACUUGGUCAUUCCGACCGGCUGAAACGAAUACGAGAGCUCCGAAAGCUGAAAAAAGCAUCAAAGUAUGAGAAUAAGAAGGAGUUGAACAGGGAGUAUAAGGCGAAGCAAGCGAGAGCAAAAGAGAUCGAAGAGAAGGAAAGGCUUGAAGAGCAAGGUAUAAAAAGUGUGGAGAAGAGCGAAUCCAUACAGAGGGGAGUCGAUUAUGACAGAUUAAAGAGUCUUGAUUACACGGCAGAAGAAGAUGAGGCAUGGAAUAAGAAGCUGGAGGCCAAAAAGACGAGAGACGACCAAAGGGAGUUUCAGAACUAUGAUCAGUUGGCCGAAAGGACAUAUAACAAGAGGCUAAGGGAGAUAGAAGGGGUUAGCAUGGAUGAGUACAAGCAGCAGAAGGAGAUAUAUGCUAAAUUGAGAAAUCAGGGAGUGGAUGAAGCAACGAUUAUUACAGCUUUGACAGACAAGAAAAAGGCACAGAAUCUUGGAAGAGGCAUCAGGAAAAGGGACAGGGAGAGGUACAAGAGGCGGGAGAAGAAGGUGGCAGCAGAGGGCACCGAUAUAGGAUUCAUUAAUGACAAAAACAAGCAGUUCAAUGAGAAAUUGGGUAGGCAUUUCGACAAGUACCUUGGGGAAUUGAAGGAGGACAUUAAGAGGGGCGGUGCGGCAUAG